UAAUCCUACAUCAAACGAGUGAUUUCGGCCGACCGUGUGGACGUCCAUUCGGUCUGUCCUCUUCUGGUCUAUUUACAUAAUAUUCCGCGCCGAAACUUUUAGUUGUAUAUUUUUGUCGUGUUACAUUCACUUAUAUUUUUCAUCUAUAAUAAUUCAGUUGAUGCAUAGCAGUAUGAAAUAUAAUUCUAUUGCAAGAAUGUCCAUGAUCAUGCGAACCUUUUCACAUUUUCAAACAAUAUCUUUAAGUGGCAACUACAACAAGUGAUAGUCACAUGGUCACGUUCCAGUUACAGGAAUUAUCCUGUCAUUACAGUUAACCAACACUUACAGCACACACAGUACUAACAACAAUAAUGGACGGGAAAAUUAAGAAAAUGUACAAGAUCGUGUUAACUGGCGGUCCUUGUGGUGGUAAAACAACGGGGCAGUCGAGACUGAGCACCUUUUUUGAAAAUUUAGGAUGGAAGGUGUAUAGGGUUCCAGAGACGGCCAAUGUUCUUUUAAGUGGUGGAGUCAAAUUUUCGGAACUGAAUGACGACGAAGCUCAUAAAUUCCAAGAAAACUUGCUCAGAUGUAUGCUACAAAUGGAAAAUACAUUUUUUGAACUUGGAGAAACAUGCGAACAAGAUUGUCUGAUUAUUUGCGACAGAGGCGCCAUGGAUGCUGCCGCAUAUGUGUCUAGCAGUAAAUGGGAUCAAAUAAUGAAAGAUAAUAAUUUUAACAUGGUCGAUUUGAGAGACAAUCGCUAUAAUCAAAUAAUACAUAUGGUUUCUGCUGCUUGUGGCGCUGAAGACUUUUAUACGACAGAAGAUCAUUCAAGCAGAAGAGAAGACGUAUCGUUGGCGAGAAGUUUGGAUACUAAAGCAUCGGCGUCGUGGAUAGGUCAUCCGUAUUUUGAUGUAAUUGAUAAUUCAUCUGACUUUGAAAAUAAAAUUUGCAGAAUGAUAGCGGCCGUAUGUCAAAAAUUGGGUCUCGAUACCGGUGAUCGUUUGGCGACAAACUCGAAGAAACGAAAAUGGCUGGUGAAAUAUCUUCCCAGUGAUCAGUUGUUUCCUCCGUUUCAAGAUUUCGACGUUGUCCAUAAUUAUUUACAAACAUAUACUAAAAAUAUGCAAGCUCGUCUGCGAAAACGAGGACAAAAAGGGCAUUGGAAUUAUACUCAUACCAUUCGUAGGCCACGAGUUCGAGGUCAGGUCAUCGAAGUGAAGACUCAGCUAAGUCACCGAGAUUAUGUAAAUUUAUUGUCGCAGAAAGACGAAACACACUAUCCGAUUUAUAAAAAACGACGAUGCUUUAUACACAACAAUCAGUAUUUCCAGCUGGAUAUUUAUUGCAAACCCUGCCAUCCUAGAUGUGAAGGGUUAGUACUGCUUGAGACGUAUUCUGCUCUUGAGGACAAAGAACUUCUCGACCGGUUACCAAAGUUCCUAGAUAUCGAGGCUGAGGUGACAGGAAGCGCAUCCUAUUCAAUGUUCAAUUUGUCGCUCGUUGAAGAUUGGGAUAAGACUAAGAAUUUCUGUCACUAUUUAAAAGGGCCUGAUGAAGAUCUGAAUACUGUUGAUCAUAAAACUAAUCAAGUCAGUUACAUUCAUACAAAUGGAAAGCUACGAAAAUAGUAGUGCCUUGCUUAGCGUUUUAAAAUAUAGUAUUAUAAAUAUUCGUUUCUAGGUAACUAGUAUUGUGUAAUAUAUAUACAUAUAUUAUGUAUAUAUGUGUUCAUUUUUCGUUCUCACAGAUAAGUAUAUUUAUAAUUUAGGCAUUAUACAUAUAUACUAUUCUGUAAAAAUAUUGUUGUCAAUAUUUUAAAAUGCUAAUCUAAUAAUGUACUUCAUGUAGCCAAUUACAAUUAUUAAUAUUAUUAUUUUAAUUUAA